UUUUCAUGUAUUGCCACCAUUGGUAGUGCUUCGGUUCCAGUUCGAAAUAAUAAGCACUCCCAAAGAAGAGUGAUGAAUCUGUAUGCAAGGAAAAUAUUUUUGUUCGAAAUGAAAUACUGAUAGUAAUCGUACCGUGUAUUUGCCAUCGUGGAGGUUUUACUCUGCCACGACCAGAAUAGUAAGGUAAACUGAAUCACGCUGUAGUGUUGUCAAGUUUGAACUAAUGUUACAGUGAUUGUUCCUCAACGAGAGUAGCGAUUAGUAGCAUAUUGCCAUAGGAAAGUUAAGUUUAUUUUACAUCAGUCGAAAACAGUGCGGUAAGAAAAAUGGCUGAUGAAGACAAAGGAAAAGUCGCUGGACAUCCACCCGCAGUCAAGGCUGGCGGUAUGCGAAUUGUGCAACACAAAACUCCCAGUGCAGAACGGCCAGCUAAGGAUCCCGUAGAAGUUAUCGGCUUAUCGAAUCCAGCGCCUAACGUGAACACCGGCGAGGUGGUGCAGAGCUCUACGUCCAACAAGCACAACGAGCACUCGGUCGAAGCUAGUCAGGUGGCUCAUGCCCAGAAACCCCCGGCGCAGAUCCCCCAGAAGCCAGUGAACAACAUCCAGCAGCCACGGAAGUUUUGAACGAGUGAUUACGAAAGCAUCCACAAACGCAAUACGUUUGCAAUCUUUUAUUUUUCACAUCGUACGUCUAUUGGUAGUCGAUUUAGCGUUUUAAAAUUUGCACAUUCUAAAGCGAUUUUCUUCCGGUUCCUUUGUGGUGGUUUGCCUUCACACCCCACUUUGUGUCCCUUUUUUUAUUUUAGAUCUUCUUGUUGGUAAUGGGAAUAGUAACUGUUGCGUUUCACAUUUGCUGCUUUAUGAAUCAGAUAUAAAUACCUACAUAAAUAUCCAACACAUAUAUUUAACACCUGAAGUAUGUUGUUUUCUAAGUUUGUAUAAAUAAAUUUAUAUAAAUAAAGAACGUUUUAUGUGAGUCAUAUUUAGAUUUAUGACGCAAAUAAAAUUAUGUCAUUAUAUUGUGGUGUUAUACUAAAUAAAACCAAUCGAAAGAAAGUGAAUUGAAAUAAAUGCUAUUAAUGAUAACACA